CUCGGGCGACAGCAUCGGAAACACGUGACCAGAGGGAACGUGAGGGAGGGAGUUAAUCACGUGACAUAUCAGCUGACUGCGGGGAGGUCAUGUGACUUAAAGGCGCUUCUGACCGAGGAUUAUGGAGGACAAUCUUUUUGAGCCCCUUCUCCCCUCGUCGGGACCCUCUGAGCUGCGGCAGAGUCAGUAUCUGAGCAAUGUCCAGAACAGGAACCUGUACUUGGCCACGUUUGGCGCGGUGUUGGGGCCCCUGAGCUUUGGCUUUGUCCUAGGAUUCAGCUCUCCGGCCAUCUCAGAUUUGAAGAAUGCUGAGGAUCCAAACCUGAGGUUGGACAAGGAGACGGCAUCGUGGUUUGGGUCUAUAGUGACCAUUGGAGCUGCCGCUGGCGGUAUACUUGGCGGGUGGAUGGUGGACCGCAUCGGCCGGAAGCUCAGCCUCAUGCUCUGCGCUUUUCCUUUUGUCUUUGGGUUUGUUCUGAUCAUAUCAGCACAGAAUGUGUGGAUGAUGCUGGGCGGGCGAGUGUUGACCGGUUUGGCCAGUGGAGUCACCUCUUUGGUGGUCCCAGUGUAUAUCUCCGAGACGUCCCACUCCAGGGUCCGGGGUGCAUUGGGGUCAUGCGUCCAGCUGAUGGUGGUCACGGGGAUCCUGGGAGCUUAUAUUGCAGGAAUGUUGAUGGGAUGGCGCUGGCUGGCGGUGCUCUGCUCCAUCCCCCCUGUCCUCAUGCUUAUGUAUAUGUGCCUCAUGCCUGAGACCCCCCGAUACCUCAUCAACAAGAAGAGACAGACAGAGGCCAUGGCCGCCCUCCGCUUCCUGCGAGGACCAAACGUGGACCAUCAGUGGGAGUAUCUGCAGAUUGAAGCCAGCGGGGGGCAGCAGGAGGACAGUCUGAAGAUGGCCGAUUUCUGGAAGCCGUCCAUGUACAAGCCUUUCAUCAUCGGCGUCCUACUCAUGUUCUUCCAGCAGGCCUCUGGCAUUAAUGCCAUUAUGUUCUAUGCAGAUAUGAUUUUUGAAGAAGCUAAUUUUGAGAACAGCAGUUUGGCUUCGGUCAUUGUGGCGCUGGUGCAGGUGGUGUUUACAGCCGUGGCUGCGCUCAUCAUGGACCGGGCCGGAAGGAAGCUCUUACUGCUUGUGUCAGGAGUCGUCAUGGCGGUCAGCACAGGCUUAUUUGGGGUGUAUUUCAGAAUCAGUGUGGUGAACAUGAACAACUCGUCCGGCCUGAUGAGCCCUGAGGGCAUGGUGGAGGGCCCUACAGAUCCGCUGGCAUGGUUGGCUUUGCUUAGCAUGGGUCUGUUCAUUGCUGGGUUUGCCAUUGGCUGGGGCCCCAUUCCCUGGCUCCUCAUGUCAGAGAUCUUCCCUCUUCGUGCCCGCGGAGUGGCCAGCGGAGUGUGCGUUGUCACCAACUGGGGCUGCGCCUUCCUGGUCACAAAGGUUUUCCACCAGCUGCUGGACCUUCUCACCUCCUAUGGGACCUUCUGGUUGUUUGCUGCUUUCUGUGGACUUAAUGUCCUUUUCACCGUCCUCUGUGUCCCUGAGACAAAAGGGAAGACUCUGGAGCAGAUCGAAUCUUAUUUCCAACAAAGUCCAGAGCAAGAAAGACUCUGCAGCACCAUCCAGUAAAGCCGCUGCUAGCGCCCAGUGACCCCACCCUCUGGUGAACAGGACUGGCGACGGGGCGGUGCAGUCACUGCUGCCAAGGCUGUGGAAUGGGUAGGGCAUGAGGGGGCACAGCAUGGCAUUGGAUACAGGUAUGUCCCACCCCCUCUUGCUGAGACCUGUGAGGGGGUGGGGCUCAGUCAGGCCCCUCCCACAUGUAUUUAAUGGGAAUAUUAGUAUUCAGGUGAAUUAUAUGUUCAUUCAUCCAAUUCUGGUGUCAGGUGCCUGUGGUCAUAAGGUGACACUCCGUCUAGAAGGUAAUUGUGAAUUCUAGAGUCAUUCUAGAACACCACUGUGGGGUGGGAUGCCGAGCAAUUCUAGAACAGCAUUGUGGGGUGGGAUGCCGAGCAAUUCUAGAACAGCAUUGUGGGGUGGGAUGCCGAGCAAUUCUAGAACAGCAUUGUGGGGUGGGAUGCCGAGCAAUUGUAGAACGGCACUGUGCGGUGGGAUGCCGAGCAAUUGUAGAACGGCACUGUGCGGUGGGAUGCCGAGCAAUUGUAGAACGGCACUGUGCGGUGGGAUGCCGAGCAAUUGUAGAACGGCACUGUGCGGUGGGAUGCCGAGCAAUUGUAGAACGGCACUGUGCGGUGGGAUGCCGAGCAAUUGUAGAACAGCACUGUGCGGUGGGAUGCCGAGCAAUUCUAGAACAGCACUGUGGGCCCCCCGAGCCUCAGAUCACACCCCUAGCCACAAAUCGGACCCCUUCAGCCUCAGACCCUCCCCACCUUCCAUUAGCCUCAGAUCAGACAUUUCAAAUAAAUAAAUACACUUACCUCUCCAGCUCCGGAUGGCGCUGCCUCUUGGCAGAUUCACUUUCCCUCCCUGGUCGUCUUCCUGCCACGCUGUACUGUGACCUGAGCGCGCGUCUAUCUGCACUACAUCCUGGCGUUGUACGUGUCAGGACACACGUUGGGGCCGGAAGGUGAGUGCAGCCAGUGCAGCGCUGUUCUCAUCUUCCUGUGCCUCCCGCAUGCUAAUGACCGCUUCCAUAAUGGAGGGGUCAUUAGCAUUUUCACUAUGUGCUCUGGUCGGGGGCCACAUGAAAUGAUCCCGGAGGUUCCCCACCCCUGUUCUAGAACAUGACGGCAUGCUCCUGCUAUGUUCUGGUUGAGUUUGGUGGUGUGCGGCUAUUUUGCAGUGGUUCUAGAUCAGUUCCGGGUUCUCUUUAUGUAAAUAAACAGGUUCUUAAAGUUUAUAAUUCCUUUUUUAUUUUUUAACUUUGUGUUUGAUAGAAAUCUCUAGAAAUCUACAACAGGCGUCGUCUACACAGUAAGGAAUAUAAAAUGUAGGAUAUUCGUGUAUUACAGUGCAGCCGCUCUCUGCCAUGUUUCUUUCAGAUUAAA